AUGGCUGCAAAACGUGGAAAUUUGGAAAUGCUCCAGUUUGCUCACCGCAAGGGAUUUCAUUGGGAUGAACAGACGUGCGCCAAUGCUGCAAGGAAUGGACAUUUCGAUCUUCUGAAAUGGGCCCAUGAGAAUGGAUGUCCCUGGUUGAACGAAUCCUGGCGGGACAAUAUAUCUUGCGACGCUGCAAGAGGAGGCCAUUUUGACAUUCUCAAGUAUUUGCAUGAGGAGAAUGGCUGUUUCAUCAAUGCUUAUGUUUGUGCCUCUGCUGCAAAAGGUGGACAUUUUGAUAUCCUCAAGUGGCUUGUUGGAAUGCGCUGUCCAAUCGAUGAACGUGCGUGUCCUGGUGCUGCCAAAGGUGGACAUUUCGAAAUCCUAAAGUGGCUUGUCGAUGAAGGGGGCUGUCCAAUCGGUGCAGAUGCGUGUGCUGCUGCUGCAAAAGGGGGGCACCUCAAUAUACUCAUCUGGCUUCGUGAACGUGAGAGACCAUGCCCUUGGGAUGACAGAACCUGUGCCAGGGCCGCAGCAGCUGGUCACGUGGAAGUGCUCAAGUGGGCUCUCGAAAAUGGAUGCCCGUGGAACCAAGGUUGGCAUGAUGCUGUCCUUGGAGGACAUUUGAAUGUACUCAAGUGGGCUUGGGAAAAUGACUAUCUGCAGAAUGAAGGUUUAUGUAGGUUUGCUGCUGGUUAUGGGAAAUUGGAGAUUCUAAAGUGGGCUCGUGCAAAUAAUGACUGUCCCUGGGAUGCACAAACAUGUGCUGAGGCUGCUUUGGCAGGGCAUCUGGAUGUAGUGAAAUGGGCUCAUCAGCAUGGCUGUCCUUGGGAUGAGGACACAUGUUCUAGUUGUGUUCAGUCUGGGCAAUGGCAUCUUCUGAAAUGGGCUGUAGCCCAGGGCUGCCCUUGGAACGAAGAAACAUACGAUAAGGUCGUGCAUCAAGGGAGAGAGGAUAUUGUGCAGUGCAUGGAUGAGCGUCGUCCAAAUGCUGAUUAG